CCCAGAUCCUAUAUACCUAAUUAUAAGUAAUAUUAAAUUAAGUGAGCGUAUAGUCUUCGAUACAUUGUAUCUUGGUGGUGAAAACGAGUGAAAUCGGUUUAGGAAUUACCUCAGUCCCCAUAUACUAUUUAUGAUGAUUUUCGUUAUUCUAUUGAACUUUAUACCCAAUAUAUGAGUCGAAUUGCGUUAUCUUUAUAAAAUUACAUCAAUAAAUUGCGAGAGUAUAAAAUGUUCGGUUACACCCGAACUUAGCCCUUCCUUACUUGUUUUGGGAUGCAAUGGUGACUCUUGGAGUACGUGUGGAUUCCUGCCUGACCAAUAUCGCAUAUUUUGCUUAUUGACGAAGUCAUUCAGCCAGAAAUGAGCCUCAUUGCUACGUAGGACGUAACGCUCUUACGGUUUAGGCCACUGACUCCGAAUUUCGGUAGUAAAUUUUAAUAAUUUCGACUCGAUGUUAGAACGUAUAUCUUUCCAUGAUGAAAUGGCAAACCUUACUGAAGACAAAUGUCAAAAGAGCUCUACUUUUGUAGAGUCCCUUUUGAAAAAGCCUUUAUAUGGAUAAUAAAUUUAGAUUGAUAUCCUGUAGUUGCCAAGAUACAUGACGAUAAGUGACGUAGCAGUAACAAAAGGUCAACAGAUUUGCCUCCGAACUCUAACUUUUUGUAUUAAGUACGACCGCUUGAAGCCACAGAACAUGUGAAUAAACCAAUCAUCUUCCCGUAGUACGACUUUAAAACAACCAGUCAGUUUGAUUAUUCAUUCUUUAAAGGCAUUUUUCGUAAAAAAUGGCGUUGAAUAAUGAGAACCCUUAACCAUCUGAGCUGAGAUUGUUUUAGAGAGUCUGUUAGUGUAGAGCUUAACGAAAGCGAUGGUAUAAGCCAAAAAUUAAUAAUUAAUUUUCGGAGCUUCAAAUGCUAACUGAAGAAGAAGAAUGUGAAUUUCAUUCCAUUAACUGAGAUUCAGAAGUGCUUCCACUAAUAUAUACAUAUGUACAUACAGUAAUAUGGAUUUGAAACUUGAUUUGACCAUACAUGAUGAUCUGGGCAGGAACAUGGCAAGAAAGAUAAAAGCGCAUUGGGAGGUUCCACUGGGUUGCAAACGGUGGAUCAAAAGUAUACAAAAUUUCUACUGGCGCUCGAUAGAAGAAAAUGUAGGAACAAGCUUGGUAUACUUACUGGUCACAGCCUGGUGGCGGCGCUCGCCUAUAAGAUGGUGUUGACAGAUCGCGAAGAAUACAAAAAAUGUCAAAAACAAGGCACCAGGGAAACCAUGAAGCAUGCAUUUGGGUCCCCGCGGUAUGAGAGACUGCAAGAGGUAUCGGUAGUGAGCCCAAAUAACCUUUUAAAAUUCGUUGAACCUGCGACAGAACUCCAUUUGGUAUCGCUAAGGACCAAAACUGGCUUAUGGGUCCGCCAGACUAACCUAACCUCAGCUGAUUUAACCAGAUUCAUAAUCUCUAAAACUAAUAUUUUAUGGACUUUGUUGUGAAGCAUUAAAUUGUGGAAGAUUUCGCUACAAACACAUUAUGAUAUAUGAUAUUUUGUAUCUAUCUGAGAACGAGAAACGGACGAAACAAUGUCUAAGGCAGAAGUAAUGAAUUAUCAGCAUACAUUUUACAUUAAUUUCCAAAAUUUCAUCAAAGGCUGGUAAAAUUGACUAAUUUUCUCAGAAAGACUACUCUGUAGUUGUGGUCGAAAUAUAAUGCAAAUGAGGCCAAGGUGAACUUUGCACCGAAUUUAGUUCAAGAGUUCUGCAAAAUUUUGAGGAAGAAACUGAGUAUGUAUGGUUUGAUAAAAAAAUAUGUAUGUACAUGUACAUGUAUGCGGGGUUAAUAUCUGGUAAUAACAAAUGAGCAAUCUUCGAAGAUAACAAGACACAGAAGUUGUUCAAUGCCUACCGAAAUUUGCCGAACAAGUGAAUUCCAGUGAUUUUUCGAUAUUCGCAAAGUGAACACGCAAAUUUCGUUAUUGAUGAGUACAGCUACACAAUUUCGGAAAAUAUUGGACUAAAUUCGUUGAAGAAGAACAGCAACAACAAUGCUACGAAAUAAAUGUAUGCUUCAUGGGUUACUACUUGUCUACGCGGCCAUUUUGAACGUUACGGUGCAUGGUAAAUUCUAUCGUGAAUGCAUCGGCUUUGAAAACGAUCAGAAGUAUGUUGUAAGCGAGGACGACUGCGCCAAAUAUAUUUAUUGUGAUGGCAAAAAUUCCUUCGAAGGCGAGUGUCUCGCCGAUAACUACUUCAAUGCGAAAGAGGGUAAAUGUGACGAACGUGCUGCGGUCGAGUGCAAAGUCGGACAGCAAUUGAUGGGUGAAAAUAAACCGUUUAACAGUCAGGAAGUUUACGGUCCGGGCGGUUCGAGCUCUGAUGGUUGGCGUGUAGAUCCCGUCAAUGCCUUCAACAGCAACUUUAAUAAUGAGAAUAAGUUCGGCAACAAUUGGAAUGCUUUUGAAGGAUACGUGAUGAGUCAGCAGCAAGCAAAACAACAACAACAAUUACUUGGUUUAGGUGGCGGCGUAGUUGGCAGCGAACCUGUCAUUGGCAUGGCGCAAAAUGCCAUCGAUAUGGGUAGCUCCGAUUCCAGUAUCGCAAUGGCACAACCACCAGUGUGUCCACGGCGCUAUGGUCUACAAAAUGUUAUCUACCUACCCAAUACGCAGUCUUGCGCCGCAUACUAUGUCUGCUACAAUGGUAUUGCAUUACCGAUGACUUGUCCCAGGCACAUGCACUUCAAUCAGGAGACCUCGCAUUGCGUACGCCAAGACAAUAUGUACUGCCCGUACAAUCGUCCGGUGCGUUUGAUAUGCAAUCGUGGCGUUUACGAUUAUAUACCGCAUCCACGCAAUUGCGGCUACUACUAUUUCUGUUCCAACGGCUAUUUGAUGAUCUUCCAAUGCCCCUUCCAGUAUUUGUGGGAUUAUGAGCGACGCUCCUGUGUAAAACGUUCGGAAGCGAAAUGCUUCUCCAGCGACAUUGCGGAAGCGAUGUUCGGUUAGACGCAGUAGAUAUACUAUGUAUCAAAAUAAUAUGCGAAUAAACAUGUAAGGCCUUCCCACAAAUACAUAUGUACAGACUCCAUAUAAUAUGCUAUGUGCUCUUAUAUUAAAAUAUGGAAGUCACAGUUAACAGUGAACAAAUGUUAUCAGCUUUGUUUU